CCGGAAGCGCCAGUGAAACCGGAAGUGCAAAAAUGGAGGCAGCCGUGUUUAUUUCAUCCCUCGUCGACUGCUGUGCUUUAAUAUUCCUCUCCGUGUAUUUCAUUAUUACUCUGUCUGAUCUGGAAUGUGACUACAUCAAUGCUCGAUCCUGCUGCUCCAAGUUAAACAAAUGGGUCAUUCCUGAGAUGAUCGCUCAGGCUCUGGCCACGGUGCUGAUGCUGGUCUCCAUGCACUGGUUUGUGUUCCUGCUCAACCUCCCUGUGGCAUCCUGGGACGUGUACAGAUACGUGAAGGUUCCCCUGGGGAACAUGGGAGUGUACGAUCCCACAGAGAUUCACAACAGAGGCCAGCUCAAGUCCCACAUGAAGGAGGCCAUGAUCAAACUGGGCUUCCACCUCCUCUGCUUCUUCAUCUACCUGUACAGCAUGAUCCUGGCUCUCAUCAACGACUGACCCACAACACAAACGGCCAAAUCAUGAACUGCUCUUUAUAUUUUGUGAAUAAACUCCAUGCAUCCCUGUCAGAAGAUCAGCUUUCCUCAACACAUCCUCACUAAUGACCCUCAGAAACGGCUCGUCUGCGGACCACAAACCCCCGAUAAAGCCGCAUGCGUCACGUUCACUUUGGUUUCUCUGUGUCUUGCACUGCUUCUCAGAGCUGAAGCAUCAAGACAAUCGCACUGAAUCACUCAACAUCUGUUUGACCAGCAACUGCACACAAAACACACGUCCAGCUCACAGUCUUCUGGAAUUCGUAAUAAUAAUUACGGUAAUUACGACUUUUUAUCUCUCAAUUCUCACCUUUUUACUUACAAUUGUUAUUUUAUAUCUUGCAGUUCUGAAUUGCGUGACAAAGUCUGAAUAAGCUCGCAAUUCUGAGAAAGAAAUUCUGAAUUGCGAGAUGUAAACUUG